UCACUUUUCUAUUUAUUACCCAUCAACUGUUUGCUAAAUUGCCUCAGAGAAAGUAGUACAAGGCUGGGAAUUCCGUGAAUAUAGAGCAUAAUUGGGGUGUUGUGAGGUAAGGUGAGAUGAAGGAAAAUUUGUUGGGGGUAAGGAGGUGGAACUUGGAAGAGAGGACCUACCCACCACACCACCCUAAAAACAUUCAUCACCACCAUCAAUCCUUUUUAAUCAAUCCCUCUUCUGUUCAUGUGCACACCACCCCCAAGAAUUGUUGUCCUUUGGCCUUGUUUUGUUUUCAUAUUCUUGGGGUAUGUGUGUGGACCAAUUACUGCCUCCAAUUGCAACUACCACGGAUCUGUUCUAGGAACUAAAUAUUCCCAUAGCAUGAUUUUAUUAUUCAAUUGCCCAAGAGAUUCUUUAGAUAUGGGUCUUUGCAUCUAGACUUACCUUCAUCUUUGUUCCUUUUUAUUAAUUUUUUUUUCUUUCAUUCUUGUCUUGCCAAUCCCAUUUUCCAGGUGUCAAAAAACCUUAUACAGAUCUUGGUGCCCCCACCUCAUUUAGCUUCCUGGCUUUAACUCCUUCUUACUUCAUAGGCCCCAUUGCUACAGAUUCAAUCUUUCAUUGAUUGACAGCUGUUACCUUUGUCUGUACGGUUGUGCUCCUUUUUGUUGUUGGAAGCCAAUUAGAGGGAGAAAACUGUUUCAAAGGCUUGUUAAAUCUUUAUUUUCCUUUCUUUGCUAGUUAUUACUAUAUUAUACUACAUAGUAACAUAACAGUGGUUCAAGCCUUUGAAGCUUUCAAGUCAAGGCAAUUUCCACCCAAGUUCGUCGGUGUGCGUGAUUGUGUACCUUGUUCAAACUUUGAGGUGAGGAGGCCCACCAUUGGGGUUUUGGUGGGGUUUCUUUCAACAAAAGAAACCCCAUCUUUAAAAGGUGUUUGAAGAUACCAAAUUUGCUUCAGUUUGGGUUAAAUAGCGAGGUUUCUUCUUAUAAGCUAUUGCCUUUCCGCAAUUGGCUUCUCCACUUACUCUAUCUAAAGUCUAGCUUCUCUCUCUCUCUCUCUCUCUCUUAUCACAUAUGCCAAAUCCAAUUUUGACCCGCAAAAGACUUUCAAUAUUCUAAUGCUACUUUACUUCAUCACUUGCAUCUCCUUCUUCUUGUUUUUAAAGUCCCUCCUUCUCAAGCCUCUCCCAUCAUGGGCAUCUGAGAUGUGGCUGUUUCCCCUUUUGUUUUCUCAAGAGUUGUCUGUGAGAACAAUCUCCAAGCUGUUCAGGAACUGUUUUUGGAUUGGUUUUCUGUGUCAAAUUCCCAUAGGAAUGUCUUUGGUGAGGAAGAGUCUGACUUCAAGAGUGGAGAAUGUUGAGGACAGCCAUGACAUGUCAGUGUUGGACUUGCCUGAGUUGGCCUUGGAUUGCAUUCUUGAGAGGCUUCCCCCCUCUGCACUGUGUCGAAUGGCCGCUGUAUGCCGGUCCUUGAGGGAGAGGUGUGUGAGUGAUCACCUUUGGGAGAGGCACAUGAGGCAGAAGUGGGGUAGAGUUAUUGGCCCUGCUGCUUAUAGGGAGUGGAAAUGGCAUGUUGCUUCCAAAAGGAAUGUUGGGGGUCUUAAGCAUGGCAGGCAAAAGGGUUUGAUGAGAUUUAUGUCUCUUCGUUGGCCUUUGCAAUGGAUAAGACCAAAGGCUGAUGCAAAUAAUAAUAGCCCCAAGCAGGGGAGCUCUUUGCCUGUUGACUCAGUCAUGAACUGGUAUCUUGCUCUUGAGUCUGGCAAUUUUUGGUUCCUUGCUCAGGUCUAUAACCGUGAGAAUGGUCAUAUUGGAUUCUUGUUAUCUUGCUAUGAUGCUGAACUUAGCUAUGAUCCACAAACUGAUACCUUUCAAGCCAGAUAUCCUCCACAUGGAAGAAGGGCAGGUGCUAGAGAGUGUGGCAUCCCAUGGGAAAGGCUAAGAGCACCUCCUAUUGAUACUUCUCCGCAUGAUCUUCAUUUCUCCGACUGUUUAAAUGAUUUGUAUCCGGGUGAUCACAUAGAGAUUCAAUGGAGGAGAAACAAAGAAUUUCCUUAUGGCUGGUGGUAUGGUGUUGUAGGCCACUUGGAGUCAUGCAAUGGGAGUGAAAAUUAUUGCCGAUGUCAUAGUAGUGACACUGUGGUGCUAGAGUUCAAUCAUUACACUCCUGGCUCGCAAUGGAGGCAGACCACUAUCAGUAGGAAAGACCAUAGGGAGGAGGGGAAUGAGGCUGAUGGAUUUUAUGGUGGAAUAAGAAAGAUUAAGAGUGAGGCGGAGAUUACCACUUGGAAACACCUUUGGCCAUCGGAAGUCUUGGAAUAGUAAGCACUGGCACUGGAUCGGAUCAAAUUCUCUACAACUUAGCAUGAUUUCAAUAUAGAAGCUUUGUUUCAGCAACUGAAGCAUUGACUGGUUCUGCAUUAUACAACCUGAAGUGGACUUUCAGAUAUUUAGGCCAACCCGAUUUUUUCCUGUCCUUUGUCACAUUUUUUUAUGUGGUUUUCCUCAUUGUAAAUUGCUCAUUUACGCACAAAUGUAGAAUAUUCAUUCCACUAUAUAUAGAAUCUAGCUGAUAAUCCCAAAUUAGUAGCUUUGAACUCACAUAGCAAUACAGCUUCUAUCUCAAUCAAUGAAGAUGUAGUUCAGGCAUUAUUUAUGUGCAAACAGUUCAUUAACUAUAUGCAUCGAGGAUGCUCGCUCCCUUUGGCCACUGAAUAUUCUUAUGAUUUUUUAUUGAGGUAUACAUCCUCAGUGCCA